CGCAGAGGCGGCGGCGGCACCGGCACCGGGAGCGGCACCGGGGUCUGCUGCGGUCCUCACCCACCGCUCCUCCGCCAGCCAAUCCCCGCCCAGGGGCGGGGGCGCCGGCAGGGCGGGACAGGACAGGACGAGCCUUCCCGCCGAGCAGGGCAUCGCCGGGCGUCGCGAAGCGCUGACCAUGUCGGACAGCCCCAUCCCGCUCCCGGCUCCGGCCCCCAAGCCCAAGCGGGCCAGGGCGGCGCGGCGGCCGGCGGCUCAUCCGACCUACUCGGACAUGAUCGCGGCGGCCAUCCGCGCCGAGAAGAGCCGCGGCGGGUCGUCCCGGCAGUCCAUCCAGAAGUACGUGAAGAGCCACUACAAGGUGGGCCACAACGCCGACGCCCAGAUCAGGCUCGCCAUCCGACGCCUCGUCGCCACCGGUGUCCUCAAGCAGACCAAAGGCGUUGGCGCCUCCGGCUCUUUCCGCCUGGCCAAGGGCAACAAGGCGAAGAGGUCCCCGUCUAGGAAGAGGAAGAAGACGGCCAGGAGAUCCACGUCGCCCCGGAAAGCGGCUCGGCGCAGGAGAAGCAAGUCUCCAGCAAAGAAGCCCAAGUCUGCCGCCAAAAGAGCCAGGAAGAAGACGAGGACCAGCCCGAAGAAAGCCAAGAGGCCAAAGACUGUUAGAGCCAAGUCACGGAAGGUGUCCAGGCCCAAGAAGGCAAAGCGGUCAAAACCCAAGGCCAAGUCCAGCGCCCGUAAAUCACCCAAGAAGAAAUAAGAAGCCAAGAGGCGUUUCGGUACUCUCCCUGUUGGUUUCUGUAAAUAGCGUUUGCCUUUAUUUUUACCCAUUUCUAUCGCAUUUUAUAAAGAAUUGAUUCUUGUGUGGAAAUAAUUAAAACAAGGCAGUUAAUGAAAGGAAAAAGGAACACCUUUGGUACGGAGAGUUCCCAUUUGUAAGA